AUGUUCGCUACAAGAUUAUUAGGAAAGAGUGCUUUAUUGGGCACCACCAGUACUAGGAUGGUGUUCAGGUCACAAAUGGCACGUUACAUGAGUACUGAGACCAAGAAAGCUAUUGAAGGUGCUAUUGCAUCUGCUCCUGUUGUUCUAUUCAUGAAAGGUACACCUGAGUUUCCACAAUGUGGGUUUUCUAGGGCCACCAUCUCGAUGCUUGGUCAGCAAGGUGUUGAUCCAGAGAAGUUUGCCGCAUAUAAUGUCUUGGAAGACCCAGAGUUACGUGAAGGUAUCAAGGAGUUUAGCAACUGGCCAACCAUUCCACAGCUGUAUGUUAACAAAGAAUUUAUCGGUGGUUGCGAUGUUAUCACUAGUAUGGCCCGUUCUGGUGAAUUAGCAGAUGUACUGGAAGAGGCAAAUGCAUUAGUACCAGAAGAGAAAGAGGAAGGAACUGACUAA